AUGGCCCAAACCGUGCUAGUCAUCGGCGCCACCGGCAACAUUGGCAUCGCCGCCAUUCUGGGUGCCCUGCGCUCAGGCCUCAACGUCCUCGCUGUGGUCCGCAACCAGGAUUCGGCCAAGAAGAUCAAAGAGAACGUCAACGAGGGUCAGGACAAGAUCACCUUUGUCGAGGCCGAUGUCAUCUCCGACCAAGGCGUCCAGCGGGUCGUUGACAAGGUGCGAGCGGGAGCCCUGCCAGCCUUCCAGCACGUCUUCUCCUCUGUGGGAGGCGGCUACACCGAAAGGACCUUGCUUGAGGCCACCACCGAGGAGCUUCGGGAGUUCAUGACGCACAACUUUGAAUCCAACUUUUUCGCCUACCGCGCCACCGUUCCAUAUCUCCUCGACCAAAAGGACACGCCAAGCACCUGGACCACCUGCACUGGCUCCCAGGGUGACAAGGGGGACCGCGCCCUGCCGGCCAUCUCGCAGGGUGCCAUGUUCUCCUUCGCCUACUCGGCCAUCAAGGGCCUCGCUGACACCAACGUUCGCUUCAAUGAGAUCUACCUCGCGCAGCGCGUCGAGGUCGAUGUCGUUGCCGAGCAGCACGGCACCAUGAAGUCGUCCGUCUUUGGCCGUGUUUACGCCAACAUCCUAGCCAAGACGGACAUCAAGGGAUGCCGCGUACGCGUUGAGACCGAGAGUGAUGUGGACAAUCUCAGGGCCCAGGUGCACGAGGCCUGA